ACGGUGUUGGAUUCUUGCCGUCACUGGAGAAUUUCAUCGAGCAGCUUAUCAACACUUCCGGGGUGGACAGGCUCACACUUGUGUCGACUCUGAUAUAUCUGAAACGAGUCAAAUCCCGACUGCGCCCCGGUAGCAGAGGAUAUCGAUGUACUGCUCACCGCCUCUUUUUCGCUGCUCUUAUCCUCUCUGACAAGUAUUCCAACGAUGAGUCACGAAUGAACAAAGAUUGGGCUCCUCUUUCUCUGAUGUACUUCGAAGGAGAACUGAUUUUUGGCUUCUCACUGGCGGAGGUGAAGCUGCUGGAGAAGCAAUUGUUACAGUUGUUAGACUAUGACGUAGGGAUAACCGAGGACGACUGGCUUGGAGAAUUAGAAGUUUUCGAAGCAAGUGUCGACGAAGAGUAG